AUGCUGAAUGAUGAAGUCAACACUUGUGAAUCAUUUUAUGGAGAUGGUCGGGUAAGCAGGCUGGCGGCCAGUCACGGGAGCCGGGAGGGGAAUGGGGGCCCGGGGGGCAGCGGGCCCAGCCCGGGGGGCGGCAUCCCCGGCAGCAGCGGCCAGGGCGGCCCACCCCCUCCCUCAGCAGCUGCCGCGGCUGCCGGUGCCACCCGGCGGGGCGGCCCAGCGAGCGGCCCAGGUGGACCGUCCCGGGGGCCCCCUCUGGCUGCGGGCCCGGUGGGCGAGGGCGGCCCGUUCGCCGCGGGCGGGCCGGGGGGCGGCACCCUGGACGACGCCCUCGAGCAAUGGAGCCGCAACCCGCUGCUGUGCUGGAUGUGCGAGGAGCUGUACGAGGAGCCAUGCCUGCUGGCCUGCUACCACACCUUCUGCGCCCGCUGCGUCCGGCCCAGACUGCACGACGCCAAGAUCGUCUGUCCGCUGUGUGGGUCAAGCUCUCUGUGGCCACUGCCGAGAGGAGACUCACCGUGCGCGCAUGUUUUCUCUCCACGACAUCAUUCACAUGUCCAAACGAGGCCGAGAAGUGAACAGAAAGUGUGCCAUGCACGGAGAACCUUACAUCAUGUUUUCGACGACCAAGAGAACAAUGCUUUGUAUCACCUGUUUCCGGGAGUCCUCACUCGAUGCUCGGCUACACUGCAUUGACCUCGAGACGGCAUACACACAAGGCUGCAAGAAACUGGACAGAGCAGUCAUGAGCAUCCGUGAACUGCAGAAUUCGGUGCGAGAUGGCGUGAUCCUGUUCAAGGCGCUGCUGGACGAACUGCGGAAGAACAUGGAGACGGAGAAGCACCACAUUACCAACCUCUCGGAGAACCUGCAGGACACCGUCAGGAGGACGCAGGAUUCGCUUCUGAGGGACGUAGACGGGCAAUACGACGCGAAGGACAAGCUGUUCCGCAGCCAGCUCUCGUCCCUCGGCUCCCUGCUGCCCAUCAUCCAGGUCCACCUCCUGAUGUGCACGACCUUCUCGUCCUCGGCCUCCAAGUACGAGUUCCUGGAGCUCGUGUUUCAGCUCAUGGAAAGACUCGCCGCCAUCGCUCAUCUCUCGCAUCCGCUCAGGCCGGGCCAAAGUAGCCAAGUGAGGAGUAACUUUAAGAGCGAAUUCUCGAGAAGCCUCGAGCCGCUUCUGUCCGUGGUGGGCAAGGGCCGCGGGGACAUGGCCAUGCCCUCGGGUAAGUCGAUGGCCGAACGGGGCCCGAAGUCAUCAGGGUGCAGCGAGAAGCAAUCCUCCGACGGCGGCUGCACGUCCCGCCCCCCCUCGGCAGGAUCGGCCAUGCCCCCGACGGCCUUCGGGAUGCCUGGCUCUCGACGCUCCCUGUCGGCGGCCAAGCUCAAGAUCAUCGAGAGCGGAGGCCCGUUCGCCGACCACUGCAAGUCGCAUGAGAAUAAGUUUAGGCAGGAACUGUCCAGCAAGUUCACGCGAUUAAAAGAGGAGGCGCAGGAACUCCACCGCGACGUGACGCUCAGAAGGUGCCUGACUCGGAGGGGCCGCGUCGAGGAGAUCGUGAGGGAGUGCGCCGGCCUCGAGGAGGAGUUCAGGGCGUACGGCGACGAGAUGGAGGAGCUGAGGGGCGUGUUCGACCAGGCGUGGGACGAGCAGAUCCAGAGGGUGUACGCCGAGCAGGAAGUCUUUCAGUCGCAGGUGAACGACGUGGCGACCCUUCGAGACGAGAAUAAACGUCUCAUGAUCAUUGCUCAGCAACUUGAGCCUUAUAUACGCUCCAUCACGGCUCUUAUGGAAAGGAUAUCGCCCAAGCUCCAGGUGCCACAGGGCCAGGCAAUGACCACCUCCCAGGCGUCUGUGGUGGAUUCGAGUGAGAAUAUCAUGCAACAAAUCCUGGACCAGAUCAGUGCUUGCAAACCGGACCAGCAGCAAAGGGUCGAAGGGCGGGGAUGCGCUGACGGAGCGAGUCGAGCCUCGGGCCCCGUGGAUGACUCAGGCUUCUCUCCAGGGCCGGGCUCAGGUCGGGGCGAUCCGGGCCUCCCCACUAGGGACGCGGACAAAUACCGCGGCCCGGUGUCGCCUGCCUCCUCCAUGGGCUCCACCUUAGCGUCGUCCGUGCUGGGCGGGUCCUAUGCGGAGGUGCGGCGGCCCGAGCGCAGCGCGAGGCGCAAAAGACAGAACAGUGAGGGGGACUCUUUAGUGUGGGAGCGCCAACGAGGCUGUGAGAGUGAGAGCGAGAUGGUGUCCUCGACGUCCUCGUUGCGGAUCAACCAGCGCCGCGGCUCGGAGGGCAGCGAGGUGGAGGAGGGCAAGAAGGGGGUCUUCAUGCAGCUGCUGCAGAUGGUGCGCUUGCGCGAGGACAAGAAGAAGCAGGACUACGAGAGCGACGUGGACGAGGGCCGCGCCUCGUCCAGAGAGCGCGGGACGAUGGGCCGCGUCGUCCAUCGCCUGUCGCGGACCAAGCUGAUGGCGGACCACCACCCGGACCACUUCCGAGACUUUACGUCGCUGGUCUUCGACCCCUCGGCCGUGCCCGAGAGGCCGAAGUCUGCCUGCGACAACACGCUGCUUCGAAACGCCGAGAAGCUCUACUCCGGGCUGGGCUCCGUGCGCGCCUACAGCGGCGAGCCCGAGGCCGGCGACCGCGUCAGCGCCGAGCGGCUGAACGAGGUGCGCGAGGCGCAGGCCCGCGCCGCGGCCGUGUCGUGCCACUCGCGCGAGAACUCCGUGGGGCGCGCGAGGUCGGCCGAGCGGGAGGCCGCGGGCAUCAGGACGCCCAAAGCGGUGCCGGUGCCGCGCGUGCCGCAGGGAAGCCGCGGCGGCGAGUUCAGCCUGGGGGAGGUCAAGGCCAUUGUGCACGCCGAGCAGCUGGGGGGGCCGAGCCGCAAGUCCCCGGGGCGCAAGGACAUGGACGCGAUCUACUCGGUGGCCACGGUGCCCCGCAAGAGCGCGUCCAAGAAGGAGAACAUCUACGAGAACGUUCCGAUCCAGUCCGAGCUGAUGGGCGGCAGGCAGUUCCGCGAGGACCCGCGCGCCCGCCCCGUGUUCAAGAAGCAGAAUUCCCUGGACUCGGGCGGCAUGAGGCACGGGACGCUGCGGAAGGCGGACAGUUUCGAGGGGCACGAGGAGGCAGUGAAAACAUUGGUGGCAGCUGUCCAGGAGACAAGAAUAUUAAGGCGAAAGAAAACUAAAUGAUCAACUUUGAACAUAAUUUAUAAAAUGUUCAUGUUUUUACAGUUGUAUUUCCAAGCUUAUCAUCGCCUGCAGCAGAGAAAAACUGCAUUUUUUUUCUUCCUAUUAAGUCGAUAAAGUGUUGAUCAAUCAAAACAGUAGUCUGCCUAAUAUGUGAUCCUCAUUUUCAUGAAUAGGAAAACAAACGAAAGAAGAAGAAGAAAAAGUUUAAAACGAGAUUACGAAAAAAAGAAAGUUACCAAAGAGUUCAUGCUACUCGUGCAGGUGUGUCGUGUUAAACAGUUUUUGAUAAAAGUUAAGGAGUUUAGAUAUAUCUUGGGUAACUGCUAGAGACAAGGAAAUAGUUAUGUUGGCGAAGUGUAGGUGUAAGUGAAAAAAAAAAAAUAAUAAAAUUUAAAAAUAAUCAGUGACAGUGUUACAGUACAUGUUGUGCUUACAUGGUUGUGACUAACAGUUGUACAGAAUCGAGAGCAAGUUAGAUGACGCAGACAGAGCGCAAGUGAAAUUUCGCAGAUUUGAACAAACAUCAAGUUGUAUCCGACUUAGCUGAUCUUCAUCGUCGUCUCAAACACCGUGGUAUUUUUUAUGAAGGGUUGAUAUAAGUGUGAGGGUCUGUAAGAGUGUAUUUCUACAUUAUAGUAAAAGCUGGCCUCAAAUAGAUACCGAUUUCGGGUGCUUUUAACAGGCCAAUAACAAACACAUUAUGUUAUAUACUUUGUUCAU